AUGAGUCUUUCUGCAAAGGACAAAUUGGCGGUGAAGACCUUCUUCGGCAAAGUUGCCCCUAAGGCGGAAGAGAUUGGCAGCGAGGCUCUGGCCAGGACUCUGUUCGUCUACCCUCAGACGAAGACCUACUUCUCCCAUUGGGCAGACCUGAGCCCCAGCUCACCUCAGGUGAAAAAACAUGGGCUGACCAUAAUGAAUGGCGUCCUCAGCGCUGUCCAGCUGAUAGAUGAUCUCAAGGGGGGUCUGCUCACCCUCAGCGAGCUUCACGCCUUCAUGCUUCGCGUGGACCCCGCUAACUUCAAGAUCAUCAAUCACAAUCUCCUCGUUGUGCUCUCAAUGAUGUUUCCUGACGACUUCACUCCUGAGGUGCAUGUUUCUGUGGACAAGUUCCUCGCUCAGAUCAGCCUGGCUCUGUCCGAGAAGUACCGCUAAAGUCGACCCUGUCUGUAUUCAUCUCCGACGCGACACUGUAUUCGCCUUAAUGAUGAUGAAAGUAAUAAAAUGAAAUCAA